GGCCACACGUGUUUAAAUUGUAAACACGCGCUGGAAUUUUUAAUAGUUUUUAGCUGGGUAAAAUGGGUGCAACUAAGAAUCUAGACUUGAUAGGCACCAUUGAAGACGAUGCCGAGGUGGAGAACUUAUCGGAGGACUCCGAUGCCGAAGUGGAGUACCAACCCACUAAACUGAGGCACAAGAAGGUAACAGAGUUUGAAAAGGGUUUCGAGUUCGUUUCCUCUGUGAAAGAGUACAAUCAGGACACUUGGGACGAUCUCAUGAAGUAUGUGAAGAGGAAGGCGCGCACAAAGACCGACGACAAGAUCGCUGCCCGUCUGCAGAAAAGAGGUGGCGCCGACGCGGUGGCCGCUGAGCAGAGCGAUGGAAGUGAGAUAGAUCUCUCCGAGGAUGAACUAAAACAUGACAACCUUCGGCUAAGAGAGAAGAAACAGUCAAAGAACAAAAAGAAGAAGGCUGGAGAGGAAGAUGAGGAGGAGGAGGGCGAGAAGAUGCAGUUCGACGACACUAUUGAGGGAAACGAGCAGAUUACCUCAUUCUACCAGAUGAAUUUGUCGCGUCCCUUGAUGCGAGCCAUCGGUGUCCUUGGUUACAUCUAUCCCACGCCUAUCCAGGCCUCCACAAUUCCGGUUGCUCUCCUGGGUCGCGAUAUCUGUGGCUGCGCCGCCACGGGAACGGGCAAAACUGCAGCCUAUAUGUUGCCUACACUGGAACGUUUGCUCUACCGCCCUCUCAACAACAAAGCCAUCACCAGGGUACUGGUACUCGUCCCCACUCGUGAGCUGGGCGCCCAGGUUUAUCAAGUGACCAAGCAGCUAUGCCAGUUCACAAGCAUAGAUGUGGGUUUGGCCAUCGGAGGUUUGGAUGUAAAGGCCCAGGAGGCGGUACUGCGGCAGAAUCCUGACAUUGUCAUUGCCACUCCAGGUCGUCUUAUUGAUCACAUUAAAAACACUCCCAGUUUCACUUUGGAUUCCAUUGAGGUUCUUAUUCUUGACGAGGCCGAUCGUAUGCUGGACGAGUACUUCGCUGAACAGAUGAAGGAGAUCAUAAACUCUUGCUGCAAAACACGUCAGACCAUGUUAUUCUCCGCCACCAUGAGCGAGCAGGUCAAGGAUCUAGCUGCCGUAUCGUUGGACAAGCCUGUGAAGGUGUUCGUCAACAACAACCAACAGGUGGCCUUUAAUCUGCGCCAGGAAUUUAUCCGUAUUCGUGAGGAUAAAGAAGGUGAUCGGGAGCCCAUCUUGGCCAGUUUGAUUUGUCGAACUUUCCAUGAUCACUGCAUGGUGUUUGUGCAAACUAAGAAACAGGCCCACAGACUACACAUUCUUCUGGGUCUUUUGGGAGUUCGGGCUGGUGAGUUGCACGGAAAUCUCACUCAGCAGCAGCGUCUAGAGUCACUCAAAAAGUUUAAGGAGGAGCAGAUUGACGUGUUGAUCGCAACUGAUGUAGCAGCUCGUGGUCUUGAUAUCGUGGGUGUGAAGACGGUCAUAAACUUUGUGAUGCCCAUCACCACAGAGCAUUACAUUCAUCGAGUGGGUCGUACCGCUCGUGCAGGACGUGCUGGUAUUUCUGUUUCAUUGGCCGGCGAAAAGGAGCGUAAGAUUGUUAAGGAUAUUAUCAAAAAUGCUGAGAGUACUAUUAAGAAUCGUAUCAUCCCGCCGGAGAUCAUUGAGAAGUACCGAAAUAAGCUCACAAGUCUGGAACCAGAAAUUCAAAACAUUCUGGAUGAGGAACAAGCUGAACGGCAGCUAGCCAAAACGGAGCAACAGCUUUCGAAAACCGAGCGAAAGCUUCUGGGCCAGUCCAACGAAAGACGUGAUUGGUUCCAGACACGGCAGCAGCGUGAGGCAGAGAAGGAUCGACUGGCUUUGACAACCGGAGACGAGAAACCAGCUGGUGGAAAGGGCAAGGGCAAAACAGCUGGAAAGAGGAAGCGACCAGAGUAUGGAGGCGAUGGAGAAGAUGGUCCGCCGGUCAAGGAGCUCGAGGCAAAGCGAAACAAGAAGAAGAAGGAAGAACCCCGAAAGAAGACGCCCGAACAGCUGGCCAAGGAGCGAGCAAUGAAAGAGAUCGAGAAGGUGUCGCUGGUGCGAGCCAAGAUGGCCAAGCUGCGCAAGCGCCCAGGUAAACUGGGAGCUGCCACCGAAGUCCACAGAGGCGGUCCGUCUGGAGGCAAACCCAAGAAGCGCGGCAGCCAAUCGGCAUUCACUAACGAUUUGACCGAUGUCAGUCGUGGUGGGGCCUUACGUUUAAGAUCCGAGGCCAAUCGGCACAAGAAGAUGACAAAGAUCGCUGCCAAGAAGAAGGUCAGCAGCGUUAAGCUGACAAAUAAGGCAGGAAAGAAUAGAUUCAACAAGGGCAAGAACUUCGGAGGACCUCGAUUCACCAAAAAGGACAAAAAGAAGUAAAACUGCAAAAUAUAGUUGUACGCGAUGUUUAAUCGUAAACUUGUAAAAUAAAAUUUUUACUUCUUUAAGGAA